UAUCUCAAUUAUGUGUAUUUAGCUAGGCUGCUGCCAUUGCUAACAAAAACUCGCCCCUGGACACAUAUUCUCUGAAUUGCGUUCAGUUUUUACCUCCCGAGGCUGUUGUCGGUAUCAAUAAAUGAAAAUAUUAACCUUUAUUUAAUCUUUAGCCCGUUUUCUUAAUGAAGUUAUGUUGCUUGUACUGUUCGCGCGUACCGGAGUGCAUUUGUCAAGACAUUUAACGCUAGCAGCUAGCUUGGGCUAGCUUGGGCUAGCUGCUCGUUCUGUUCGAUACGACAAGUUUGUUUUAUUGCAGCCACAUUAGUUUGCCACAACGCAGCACUUUAGCUGAUACAGAAGUUUACAUAAAGACUCAAAGAGCUUCAGAGAAUGCUGGCGACCGGAGCAGCUGUAACUAACGUCACAGCCCUGGCCCAGGUAGACCGAGAGAAGAUCUACCAAUGGAUCAACGAGUUGUCCAGUCCAGAGACCAGAGAAAAUGCUUUGCUGGAACUAAGCAAGAAACGCGAGUCUGUGCCAGACCUGGCACCAAUGCUCUGGCACUCCUGUGGCACUAUUGCUGCCCUGUUGCAGGAAAUAGUGAACAUCUAUCCAUCUAUAAACCCACCUACACUUACAGCUCACCAGUCUAACAGAGUGUGCAAUGCUCUGGCACUUCUGCAGUGUGUUGCCUCGCACCCAGAGACAAGAUCUGCAUUUCUUGCUGCUCACAUCCCUCUCUUCCUUUACCCCUUUCUGCACACUGUGAGCAAAACACGUCCAUUUGAGUACCUGCGACUUACCAGCCUUGGAGUCAUAGGUGCCUUGGUCAAAACAGAUGAACAGGAAGUGAUUAACUUCCUCCUCACCACUGAAAUCAUCCCACUGUGUCUCCGUAUUAUGGAAUCAGGGAGUGAGCUUUCCAAGACGGUUGCUACUUUCAUACUGCAGAAGAUCCUGCUGGAUGACACAGGGCUGGCCUAUAUAUGUCAGACGUAUGAACGUUUCUCCCACGUCGCUAUGAUCCUUGGCAAAAUGGUGCUGCAGCUCUCUAAAGAACCGUCUGCUCGCCUGUUGAAGCAUGUUGUUCGCUGCUACCUUCGCCUCUCAGACAAUCUCAGAGCCAGAGAAGCGCUGCGUCAGUGUCUGCCAGACCAGCUGAAAGACAGCACCUUCGCCCAGGUGCUGAAGGACGACACCACCACGAAGCGUUGGCUGGCUCAGCUGGUCAAGAAUCUGCAGGAGGGCCAAGUCACCGACGCCAGAGGUAUCCCACUGGCUCCGCAGUGACGGGGACAAAGUAUGUGUUUACAGAAGGACUCUGUCAUCACCGUCUAGAUUUUGUAUUUUUGCCAAAUGUGGUGCUAAGAUUGUCUGCAAAGUGAAAGAAAUAAUAAAUGAAGUUUUUUUUUUUUUUGCUUUUGGAUAGAUAAAUUACACCAUUUUUUCCCCCCACACAGUAGGUCACUAUAACAACUGAAAAAAAUCCUGCUUUUUAUGAGCCAGAGUGAAGCCAAAACUGAUAACUCAUAUUUGAGACUAAUUAAAAUCCAAUGAUGAUUUGUUGGCUGGUAUUUGUUUAUGACAGAUAUGUUUUUGGCAAAAUCGCUUAAAUUUUGAUGGAGAGUUGUGCUAAAGAUAUGUCUGGGUAGGAUAUUUUACAACUUAAACUUAGUCAUUUUGAACAGGUAACUGAAAAUUCAAAAUAACUGCUAUAACAGAAAAAGACAUGAAACAUGAAAUGGGGAAAAAAUGGCCCAAUAUGCAAUGCAGCUUGUAAAACACGUAUUGCUGCAGUUCUCACUUCGAUUUCUAUCUCCAUGUCUGUCCACAUAUCAAUACUGAUCAAUACGAAUGAUAAGCCAGUAUCGAUUGUUAUUAUCAGCUCCUCCACAAUAUUGGUCAACACUCGUCUUUUCCCGUUCAUCACUGUAACUUGAUGUAACAUUCCACCUCAAAACAGGAACUGUUAUUUUUUGCUUCUUGCAUUUCAAAUAAGACUUUUUAAUCUUC